UCAUGAUCAGGAAAAUGUCCAUUGUUAAUACAAAAGUACUUUAUCCUGUACUGAAGUAACAUGAAUAUGAUGACACUUUAGCUUCUCUAUAUAUUGGCACGUUCUUGGUCAGUGGCCUAUACAAUCGAGAUAUAAUUAUUUUAGGAUUUUUAAUUUUUUUUUUUUUUUUUUUUUUUUUUGUGUUUUUGGUGUUGCAAACAAUAAAUUAAUUAAGCCAACGUUGGGACAGAGGAGGAUGGUUUCAUUUUCUUCUUCUUUGGCAGUGGUAUUCAUUCUUGUAGCAGUAUUUGUGGUGCUCCAUGAAUCAAACGCUCAGCUGAACGCUACAUUUUACGCCACGACAUGCUCAAAUGUUUCUAACAUUGCGCGUGCUGUCAUUCAGCAGGCUUUGCAGUCUGAUCCACGCAUUGCUGCCAGCCUCAUUCGUCUUCAUUUCCAUGAUUGUUUUGUCAAUGGAUGUGAUGCUUCAAUCUUGUUAGACAACAAUGGAACCACCAUACAGAGUGAGAAAGAUGCUGCUCCUAACACUAAUUCUGCUCGAGGAUUCAGCGUAGUUGACAAUAUUAAAACUGCUGUUGAGAAUUCUUGCCCUGCUCUUGUCUCCUGUGCUGACAUUCUUGCCAUUGCUGCUGAAGCUUCCGUUUCUUUGUCAGGUGGUCCUUCAUGGAAUGUCCUAUUAGGGAGAAGGGACAGCAGGACAGCGAACCAGGCAGGAGCAAAUACCUCAAUUCCAACUCCAUUUGAAGGCUUAAGCUCCAUUUCUGCCAAAUUUUCCGCUGUUGGCCUCAACACUAAUGAUCUUGUUGCACUAUCCGGUGCGCAUACAUUUGGACGUGCUCAAUGUGGAUUAUUCAUUAACCGGCUCUACAAUUUCAAUGGCACCGGCAACCCUGAUCCCACACUAAAUUCAACAUACUUGACCACCCUUCGCCAAACAUGUCCACAAAAUGGGAGUGGGACUACGCUCGCAAAUCUUGACCCCACAACCUCCGAUGCCUUUGACAAUAACUAUUUCUCUAACUUGCAAAACAAUCGAGGCCUUCUGCUAUCAGAUCAAGAGUUAUUUUCCACAAAUGGUGCUGCAACAAUCUCCAUUGUUAACACCUUUGCUAGUAACCAAACUGCUUUCUUUCAAAGCUUUGCUCAAUCCAUGAUUAACAUGGCCAAUAUUAGCCCAUUGACGGGUACCAAUGGAGAGAUUAGAUCAGAUUGUAAGAAGGUUAAUUGAAGCAUUUCAAUUGAACCUCAUGUUCCAAGUCAAAGACUUGACAGAUACUACUAGUAUUCCUUUAAAAUCAGU